AUGUGGAGGAGCCUGUCCAAAUAUAUCUAUAUCUUCUUCCUGCUGGCCCUGUCAUGCCUCUUCUUCCUGUUCAGAAACAUCAACAUUCUGGAGGUAGGAUAAAGCCAUCUGCACUCAAAACAAGUUACAGGUCAAACAUGAUUCAUUUAUCUCACAUUGCUUCUAUCACCAUUUACCUCCUUUACCACCCUCUCCCCCUCACAGGGGAGCUACACUGGGGCGUCACUAGCUGCUCUUAGCAACGUGGGUGUAUUUACAUACACUAGUGUUGCUUUUCAUUGUAUUGGGUUGCACAAAAACAGUCUGCGGGAAGCCAGAAAUUAAAUACAAUUCCAUUUCAACUUACUGUGCUGGUGGGCAGGACUGUUAGUCAUCAUGAAGGGUGGAAUUUGAGACAAAAUAUCUAAAGUAUCGUAUUAUUAAACAGACUUUCCAAACGUGGGUCUGUGGUAGACCCACUUUCUCUCUGCUUAGCUCAUGUAAAAAUAAAAAUCCCCCACAAGUUUUUUUUUCUUAUUUUGUCCACAAAUGGCACACGUGCAGGACUUAAUUUGACAUGAAGUAAGCAGAGAGGAAGUGGGUCUACAACAGACCCGCGUUUGGAAAGUCUGUUUAAUAACACGAUUCUUUCGUUAUUUUGUCUCAGAAUCUCCCUUCAUAAUGACCAACAGUCCUGCCCAUCGGCACAGUAAGUUGAAAUGGAAUUGUAUUUACCUUCUGGCUUCCCGUGGACUGUUUUUGUACAACCCAAUAGAAUUGAAAGCAACGCUAGUGUAUGUAAAUACACCCGCGUUGCUAAAAGCAGCUAGGGUGUCAUGAAAACAGUCGAUUUUUAGAUGCUACAAUUGAUGCAUAGAUUUAGUAGGCAUCAGCAGAAUGCAAGCCACUUUACCAAGUGUUAUUGGGUGUUAGCCAUGCGUCAAAUUCUUGAUAAUAGUACCAGAGCAUAAUUUUACACUGAACAGCGUGAGCCUCUCAUGGAGCUGUGCUGCUUACCUCCAGGUUUCAUUUAAAUGAAUGGAAGCGUCACACGCUCUUCAAAAGUUACGUGUCCAGUGUAGCACGUCAGUUAGUGACCUCUUCUCUUAUCCUCAGCAGAAGCUCAACUGCCAAACAGUGUCAACGUUCUGCCAGAGUCAGAGCAGCAUCCACCCAGCUUUCCUCCCAGAGGGCCCUUCUCCUCUGGGCCACAACCGGAGCUACUGUGGCCAGGAGCCCUCACCGGAGGAGGUUCUGGAGGAGCAUGACCUCCUGGAGUCAAUCGCCUGGCCACAGCCUCAGCCCCAUUCUAUUAAUGUUUUCCUGAACCAGACCAGUGACCCUGCACACAGCCUUUUUGUGAUCCUGCCAGCAGGGGGCAAGAGAGAGUGGCACGUGGGGGACCAGCUGGAGGCUCUAGUCCAUAUGCACGAUUUCCAGGGGCGUCCCAAGAGCUAUGGUGGAGACUUCUUGCUGGCCCGGCUGCACUCCCCCAAGUUGGGGGCAGGCGUUGUAGGACAGGUGCUGGACCACAGGAAUGGGACCUACUCUGCCAUUUUUCCAUUAUUAUGGCAGGGGUCUGCACAGGUGGAGGUGACACUGGUCCAUCCUAGUGAGGCAGUUCAUGUUCUAGGACGGUUACGAGAGGAACGGCCUGAUCGGAUUUUCUUUAAGAGUUUGUUUCGCUCUGGAAAACUGUCCCAAACAACUGUAUGUAACCUGUGUCUGCCGUUAAACCAGGAGCCGCUGUGCAAUUACACAGACCCCCACACAGGGGAGCCCUGGUACUGCUACAAGCCCAAGCUGCUGAGCUGUGACACACGGAUCAACCACGCUAGCAGAGGAAACUAUGUGAAACAUCUACUCACCAACAAAGAGGCAUUGCUCUUCCAGAGGUUAGUGAGGGGUACAAUCCGUAUGUGAGUGAAAGUAUGUCUAAUUGAAUCACAUACUUUGUUUUCAGUGUAUCAGAUUGCUUGCUGCUGUGGGUUUAUUUAACAUUUAAAUAUGAUUCUCUUUCAAUUCUUUCUCAGUGGUGUAAACAUAAAGGUUCACAUUCAUCCUUCAGGGUCUGACAGUGUCAUUGUGCUGCCUGAGAAAAAAGGUAGGAGAGCAUGGAGAUGCCACAGUACAACUGUGUGUUUAUCUUUUUAACGCUAGCUAGCCAGCCUACUAACCGCUCUGCUUUGUGGCUGUAUACUUCAACCCUGGAGUGGUUCUGGGUGUGCAGGACAGUAUUCGAGCCCACUACUGCAUCUACAGUAGUGUAAGGUGGGAAAGCACCUCUAUUGCCUGUAAAGUGAUGAUGCUAGCCGGUGCAAGAUGCUUGCGUUCCUCUUUCAGACAAAGCAGACGUGGAGAGAAGCAGCAUGAAGACAGAGUCUACCAGGAUCACUCCUUCUGGGUAUUACUUCCAAGGGUCAUGGCGAGCUCUGGGUGGUGGUGUGAUGCGCCAGUUUAACGACUCGUCUGCCACUCAGUGUCUGAAGGGCAAGGUGGUGUACAUGUACGGAGACUCUACUGUCAGACAGUGGUUCGAGUACCUCAACGCCUUAUUACCAGGUGAGUUCUGUCUGCAAGUCCUGUGACAUCGCUCACUCUCUGAUGCCUCAGGUGCUUUCUAACUCGCUCUUCUGUCUGUCCAACUCCCAACUCUCCCUUCCUCUUUGUGACAGAGCUGAAGGAGUUCAAUCUUUACAGUCCUAAGAAGGUGGGGCCUUUCAUGGCAGUGGACAGCACCCACAACGUCCUGCUGAAGUACCAUUGUCACGGUCCUCCAAUCCGCUACUCUACUGUCAUCGCCAGUGAGAUGCGCUAUGUAGCUAACGAGCUGGAUGGCCUGACUGGCGGGUCGAACACUGUGGUGAUUAUCAGUGUAUGGUCCCAUUUCAGCACCUACCCUGUGCAGGCCUACAUUCGCAGACUACGCCACAUUCGGCGGGCGCUGGUGCGGCUUCUGGACCGGGCUCCGGGGACCCUGGUAGUGUUGCGCUCGGCCAACCUCCAGGCCCAGAACCCGGAGGUGAGCCUGUACAAUAGUGACUGGUUCUCAGUGCAGCUGGACGGGGUGCUCAGGGCCAUGUUCAGGGGUCUGGAUGUCUUGCUGAUAGAUGCCUGGGAGAUGACCCUUGCCCACCACCUCCCCCAUGCCCUCCACCCGCCCCCCAUCAUUAUCAAGAACAUGAUAGACAUUAUCCUCUCUUGUGUCUGCCCAGAGUAGAGCUAGCAGAUUGAGAUUGAUUUAUGUCCGAAUUCUC